CUCCCUUCACCCGCAAACCCACGCAUUUCCCUGCUUCAUACCCCACUGAGCUCCUGUGUGUGAGAGUGUGUUUACAGCAUCUGCGCCGCAGGACAGGCGGCUCGUAUCAGUGCGCGCGGAUCUACUUUCUCACGCGGAAGAGUCCCGCUGCGCUCCGAGAAGAAGAAGUCCGAGACGCAGAGGUUCACGAGCAUUCACCGAAUAACCGCGUCUAACGGGACACACACACAACUCUUCAUCUGCGCCCCCUCCUCCUCAUCUUCCUCCUCUCCUCUCCGUGAGAAUGGCGCAGAUUUUGCCGAUCCGCUUCCAGGAGCAUCUGCAGCUGCAGACGCUGGGAGUGAGUCCGGCUAGCAUCAGCUUCAGCUGCCUGACCAUGGAGUCGGACCGCUUCAUCUGCAUCCGAGAGAAGGUGGGCGAGCAGAACCAAGUGCUGAUUGUGGACCUGAGCGACCCGAGCAGCCCGAUCCGCCGGCCGAUCACGGCAGACAGCGCCAUCAUGAACCCGGCCAGCAAAGUCAUCGCUCUGAAAGAUGAUGCGGCGCGGACGCUGCAGAUCUUUAACAUGGAGAUGAAGAGUAAAGUCAAGGCUCACACCAUGACGGACGAAGUGCUGUUCUGGAGGUGGAUCUCGGUUAACACCAUCGCCCUGGUUACGGACACGGCCGUCUAUCAUUGGAGCAUGGAGGGAGACUCUCAGCCAAUCAAUAUGUUUGAUCGUCACGCCAGCCUCGCGGGAUGCCAGAUCAUCAACUACAGAACGGACGAGCAGCAGAAGUGGCUCCUGCUCAUUGGGAUAUCAGCGCAGCAGAAUCGUGUGGUCGGUGCCAUGCAGUUGUUCUCUGUGGACCGUAAGGUUUCUCAGCCCAUCGAGGGUCACGCGGCUGCGUUUGGACAUUAUAAACUGGAGGGAAACCCAAACGCUUCCACGCUCUUCUGCUUCGGCGUCAGAGGGCAGGCUGGAGGAAAGCUGCACAUCAUCGAGGUCGGUCAGCCUCAGACCGGUAACCAGCCGUUCACUAAGAAAGCAGUGGACGUGUUUUUCCCUCCUGAAGCACAGGCGGACUUUCCUGUGGCCAUGCAGAUCGGAACUAAGCACGGCGUCAUCUACCUCAUCACUAAAUACGGUUACUUUCACAUGUAUGAUCUGGAGUCGGGCGUGUGUAUUUACAUGAACCGCAUCAGCGCUGAAACCAUAUUCGUCACGGCUGCUCACGAGAGCACAUCUGGGGUCAUCGGGGUCAAUAAGAAAGGACAGGUGCUGUCGGUGUGUGUGGAGGAGGAGAACGUAGUAAAUUACGUGACUAACGUGCUGCAGAAUCCCGAGCUGGCGUUGCGUUUGGCAUUACGCAGCGAUCUUCCCGGAGCCGAGGAGCUCCUGACACACAAGUUCAACACGCUCUUCUCUCAGGGCAGCUACACCGAAGCGGCUAAAGUCGCUGCGUCGGCUCCCAAGGGUGUGUUGCGAACGGCAGAGACGGUCCGGCGGUUCCAGGCCGUCCCGGCGCAGGGGGGCCAGCCGUCUCCGCUGCUGCAGUAUUUCGGGGUUCUGCUGGACCGCGGGCAGCUCAAUAAGCUGGAGUCGUUGGAGCUCUGCAGGCCGGUGCUGCAGCAGGGACGAACACAGCUGCUGGAGAAAUGGCUCAAGGGAGAGAAGCUGGAGUGCUCGGAGGAGUUGGGUGAUCUGGUGAAGGCGGCUGACGUCACUCUGGCCCUCAGCGUUUACCUGCGAGCGAAUGUUCCUGCUAAAGUCAUCCAGUGCUUUGCUGAGACGGCUCAGUUCCAGAAGAUAGUGCUCUAUGCUAAGAAGAUGGGGUAUUCUCCAGACUGGGUGAUGCUGUUGAGGAGUGUGAUGAGAUCCGGUCCUGAUCAGGGCCUUCAGUUCGCUCAGAUGCUGGUUCAGGAUGAAGAGCCGCUCGUCAACAUCAGCCAGGUGGUGGAUGUCUUCAUGGAGGGGAAUCUAGUGCAGCAGUGUACUUCAUUCCUAUUGGACGCUCUGAAGAACAACAGGCCGGAGGAGGGGCCUCUGCAGACACGCCUCCUGGAGAUGAACCUCAUUCACGCCCCUCAGGUCGCAGACGCGAUCCUCGGGAAUCAGAUGUUCACUCACUACGAGCGCGCUCACAUCGCUCAGCUGUGUGAGAAAGCCGGUUUACUGCAGAGAGCUCUGGAGCAUUACAGCGACCCCGACGACGUCAAACGGGCCAUCGUACACACACACCUGCUCAACACCGAGUGGCUGGUGAAUUUCUUUGGCUCUCUGUCUGUCGGUGACUCCGUCGCGUGUCUGAGGGCCAUGUUGGCUGCAAACCUGCGUCAGAACCUGCAGCUGAGCGUUCAGAUCGCCACCAAGUACCACGAGCAGCUGGGAACGCAGACGCUGGUGGAGCUUUUCGAGUCGUUCAAGAGCUACGAGGGUCUGUUUUAUUUUCUGGGCUCUAUCGUGAACUUCAGUCAGGACCCCGAUGUGCACUUCAAGUACAUUCAGGCGGCGUGUAAGACGGGUCAGAUCAAAGAGGUGGAGCGCAUCUGUCGAGAGAGCAGCUGCUACAACGCCGAGCGCGUCAAGAACUUCCUCAAGGAAGCCAAACUCACCGAUCAGCUUCCUCUCAUCAUCGUGUGCGACCGCUUCGAUUUCGUCCACGACCUCGUGCUCUACUUGUACCGUAACAGCCUGCAGAAGUACAUCGAGAUCUACGUACAGAAGGUCAAUCCCAGCCGGCUACCGGUGGUGGUCGGGGGUCUGCUGGAUGUCGACUGCUCCGAGGACACCAUCAGGAGUCUGAUCCUCGCCGUACGAGGAGAUUUCAGCACUGAUCAGCUGGUGGAGGAAGUGGAGAAAAGAAACCGACUGAAGCUGCUCGUGUCCUGGCUGGAAUCUCGUGUUCAAGAGGGCUCUGAAGAACCCGCUACCCACAAUGCACUGGCAAAGAUCUACAUAGACAGUAACAACAAUCCUGAGCGCUUCCUCCGAGAAAACCUGCACUACGACAGCGUGACCGUGGGCCGAUACUGCGAGAAGAGAGACCCGCAACUCGCCUUUGUGGCCUAUGAGAGAGGACAGUGUGACCUGGAGCUCAUACAGGUGUGCAAUGAAAACUCCCUGUUUAAAAGUGAGUCGCGGUAUCUGGUGCGGCGAAAAGAUCCAGAUCUUUGGGCUCAAGUUCUGCAGGAGACGAACCCAUACAGACGGCCGCUGAUAGAUCAGGUGGUUCAGACGGCUCUGCCGGAGACGCAGGAUCCAGAGGAAGUGUCUGUGACGGUGAAGGCGUUUAUGACGGCCGAUCUGCCUAAUGAACUCAUUGAACUUCUGGAGAAGAUCGUUCUGGAGAACUCCAUAUUCAGUGAACACAGGAACCUGCAGAACCUGCUGAUCCUGACGGCCAUCAAAGCGGACCGGACGCGGGUCAUGGAGUACAUCAACCGGCUGGACAAUUACGACGCUCCUGACAUCGCCAACAUCGCCAUCAGCAGCGAGCUGUACGAAGAGGCCUUCUCCAUCUUCAAGAAGUUCGACGUCAACACCUCAGCGAUUCAGGUUCUGAUCGAGCACAUGGGCAAUCUGGACCGGGCGUACGAGUUUGCGGAGCGCUGUUCCGAGGGCUCGGUCUGGAGUCGGCUGGCUCAGGCUCAGCUUCAGUCUGGUCUGAUCAAAGAGGCCAUCGACUCCUACAUCAAAGCUGGAGAGCCGUCGGCGUACAUGGAGGUGGUGGAUGCUGCCAGUAGAAACGGGAACUGGGAGGAUCUGGUGAAGUUUCUUCAAAUGGCGAGGAAGAAAGCCAGAGAGUCGUUUGUGGAGACGGAGCUCAUCUUUGCUCUGGCUAAAACAAAUCGUCUGUCUGAGCUGGAGGACUUUAUCAACGGCCCCAACAAUGCUCACAUACAGCAAGUUGGCGAGAGAUGUUAUGAAGAGGGUAUGUUUGAAGCCGCCCGGCUGCUGUUUAAUAACGUGUCUAAUUUCGCUCGUCUGGCGUCCACACUCGUUCACCUCGGCGAGUUUCAGGCGGCCGUUGACAGCGCACGAAAGGCCAGCUGCACACGCACAUGGAAAGAGGUGUGUUUUGCGUGUGUGGACGGAGAGGAGUUCAGGUUAGCGCAGAUCUCCGGCCUUCACAUCGUCACUCAUGCUGAUGAACUGGAGGAGCUCAUUAACUACUAUCAGGACCGUGGGUAUUUCGAGGAGCUGAUGGUGCUGCUGGAGGCGGCGUUGGGGCUGGAGCGCGCUCACAUGGGCAUGUUCACCGAGCUGGCCAUCCUCUACUCCAAAUACAAACCCCAGAGGAUGAGGGAACAUCUGGAGCUCUUCUGGUCUCGGGUCAACAUCCCUAAGGUGUUACGAGCGGCUGAGCAGGCCCAUCUGUGGGCGGAGCUUGUGUUCCUGUAUGAUAAAUAUGAGGAGUAUGACAACGCCAUCCUGACGAUGAUAACGCACCCCACCGACGCCUGGAGAGACGCUUCCUUCAAAGAGCUCAUCAGCAAGGUGGCAAAUGUGGAGCUGUAUUAUAAAUCCCUGCAGUUUUAUUUGGACUAUAAGCCGCUGCUGCUCAACGAUCUGCUGUCUGUUCUCGCUCCUCGACUGGAUCACAGCAGAGCCGUCAGCUACUUCAGCAGGGUGAAUCAGUUGCAUCUGGUUAAACCGUAUCUCAGAUCAGUGCAGAGCCACAAUAACAGAGACGUGAAUGACGCGCUCAACAACCUGCUGACUGAGGAAGAGGACUAUCAGGGUCUGCGUGCCUCCAUCGAUGCAUACGAUAACUUGGACUCGAUCGGUUUGGCUCAGAGGCUCGAGACACACGAGCUCAUCGAGUUCAGACGCAUCGCUGCGUAUCUCUACAAGAGCAACCAGCGCUGGGCUCAGAGCAUCCAGCUCUGCAAGAAAGACAAACUCUACAAGGAUGCGAUGCAGUUCUCCGCUGAGUCUCAGGACGGAGCUCAGGCUCAGGAUCUCCUGCGCUGGUUUGUUGAGGAGGGGAAGUGCGAGUGUUUCGCCGCGUGUCUCUUCAGCUCCUAUGAUCUUCUGGCUCCUGACCUGGUCUUAGAGCUGGCCUGGAGACACGGCCUCGUGGACUUCGCCAUGCCGUACUUCAUUCAGGUGACGAGGGAGUACCUGAGCAAGGUGGAUGAGUUAUCCCGACAGGUGAAGGUGGAUAAACUGCAGGAGGCUGAGGACAAGAGAGCGGCUGAAGAGCAGACUCCUGAAGCCUCCUCCAUCGUCUACGGUCAACAGCUGACUCUGAGCGGCAGUCAGACACCCGUCACUCCUCAGACGGGUUUCACAGCUUAUGGUUUCACUCCUCCGGUGUACGGCUUCAACCUUCAGCCUUGAAUUUUACCGCUAGGAAUUCUGGGAAAUGUGUGCCUGUGCUGCAUUCAGGAAGCAUGACAAAGCAUCUCUGCAAUCAAGCGAACAUCCAGCGCUCCUUACAUACGUGUGUUGUGUUCACCACACAACAAGCUGCUCGUUAACUUAUGUUUCAUUUGAAAUUGAUCAGAUCGCACUGAUGACGAGAGGAAAGACUCUAGACCCAAACAACAACGCUCUUAAAAAUAAAAGUGCUUCACGAUGCCAUAGAAGAAC